AUGAGACCGUCCAGGAAAAGCAUUGAAGUUAAUAGCCUCAAAGAAAAUGGACGAAAUCUGUUGUAUGCUAUAGACUCUCACUCUACGGUGUUUCUGAAGCAGUUCAGUUGUUCGCCAGAACUGAUAGAUACUCUUGCGCACUCUGCCGCUCAUGCACGAAUUGUGUUGGUUGAUACUUCACGAGAUAGAAUAAAUCUCAUUUGCCAACGAUUAGAGGAAACUCACUGGAAACUCAUUUCUGGUUCCCGGUGGGGGAGCUUGAUGGUCUCCAAACUCGGUGUUCAGCUGAAACUGAUAGAUUCAGACGCUUUGUGUCUGCAAAUAUCAAAAGGAGAGAUAUGGAAAGAUGGUCUCUAUGUGGUUUGCAACUCCCAAGCUGGUUCUCUUUCAAUGGACGUUUUGGUUACUAUGCUCGCUGCCAAACAGCGUGAAUGUGGGUUGAAGGUACUGCUUCCAGAGUCUGUCCACUGCGAUGUAACGCUUGCCCACGACGUAUUCAAGGAUGAUUUUAUACAUCUUACUAUAGAAGGGCUGAACACUGCUUUUGUUCAAAAAUAUUUUCUUUCGAAAGCAAGCUCGAGUCUUUACAGAGAUGAAGUUGUGUCAUGUAUUCGUCAUCAGAGAGCUUAUGAAACAUCCCGCAAAGCACUAAUAUUUGUCCCAACACUCACUGAGAUUGACUUCAUGAUAGAAGAGAUUUCCAAAGGAGAGGUGAGGCCUCCAUCAGUCUAUGUCAUCGAAUCCGAACAGGAUGCCGGUAAACUUGGGCAAGUGCUCGAUCAAGUCCAGGAGGAGAAAAACUUCUACAUCCUAUUUGUUCUCGAUAAGCACGAAGUUAUUCAAACCAUGAUAUUAAAUUUGCGUCUUUCAGGACUUGCUUUUGAACUGUUCGAUUUUGCAAUUGACUGUGGUGUGCACUCUAUUGAUACAUACAGCAUCGAGACUCAGCGAGAGAAGACUGUGACUGUUUCAUCAUCGAGAACUUCAAUUUUCCAUAAAGUUCUUUUUUUUUCGGAAAUUCAGGCCAGGUCAAAUUAUUUUCUUUUGCUGACAGAGGAAUCUUUCAAGAAUGACCUGAAUCCUUUACUUCCUGAAAGACACCACAAAUGCCUGCACACGUCUUUGCUCUUGCUACAGAAAUUUUACGGUAGAGAUGAGGCUUUUUAUGCAUCAGCAUUUGUUAAGACAGCUUCAACAGCUAGGGUGGCAGGUAGUUUGGCAUAUUUGAAGAGUUCACGCACAUGCAGCGCCAGCAGUGUACUAUGGACAGGUUUCCCGUGUAUCCCUAUUGCCGAUGAAAACUGGUUGUAUAUGGUGGAAUCUCUGGAUUUUGCACUGCAGGAGUUUUCUCACGCUAUUUUUGUGUGCCUCGCCAAGAUUGCGAGUUUGAUAUACGCGUUUGAUCAGCACCCCGUAUCCAGUGAGUACGGUAUAUUGUGUCAGCGAUUGAACGACAGGGAUAUGGGCAAUCUCAGGGCAAAAGAAAGUGACUUUCUGACGAUUCUUAACUUGUGGAUGGAAUGGAAUAACAAAAGUUUCCGACGUGGUAACUUCAAUAGAGGCUCGGUGGUGAAAAAUGGCAUGGAGAUAUCAGAAACGUACUUCAAAAACAUUGUUCGGACCUAUCCGUCGCACACGGACUCCAACACACCAGACGAAUUGUCGAAUGAUGUCUUCAAAUGCCUGACCUUUGGAUUUUUUGCCAACCGUGCUGUCAUUACUUCUACGCUCCCUUUAUAUGAUGAGUGGAUCAUCAAGUUUAAGCCGAGCGAUGCUGAUGGCACCGAAGCUUACUUGCCUAUUGCGAUUAGGGAGCCGAAAAAAGAUGCCAUGCUUCUGAAAGAAGGAAAUAUUUGCAUCUUUUUCAGGCUUGAUUCUAACCAAGAAACUCUUUUCCUGGGAAUCAAUCAGCUAGGAGACGAUCUAAUCACCAGUGCAAAAGCCGCACGCUUUUCAUUUCUGAGGGAUGAGGUAGUGCUUGGCCGAAUGUGA